AUGAUGGAAGUUGCGCCGGGGGGCAGAAGGGAACCGCCCACUUACAGAUUUUUUUAUGCCGAUUCCCCCGAGCCCGCGGAUGCACGAGGGCCUUUUAGGGAAUCUCAGAGACAGCUGACAUCGGCUGCGCUUCGCGAGGCAGUAGAAGUGCAGCUGGAGACCCUUGAGGCAAUUGACAGGACCGAGCAAAUCAUGAACACGGCGGAAGAUAUUGGUAGGGAGGCCAGACAGCAGCUUGCGCAGGACAAGGAGAUUAUUGAGGUUAUUGACACUGCGUUAGAGACAAACGAGCCAAUUUUGCACCGAGUGAGACGUGAUCUGCGCUGGUUUCGAGUGCAGCUACAGAAGGACAGAUUGUUCAUAUGCUUAUUCGGCAUCGUAGCUUUAUUGUCCGUGGCCGCCGUGAUUGUUGUCGUCGCAUUCAAGCGGCGGCGCUAG